CCCCUGCGUAUCCGUACUGGCUCCCAGACCGAAGCUUUGAUCUUCGCGUAACCGAACUUCAUACAGCGUUGGUCACCGCCCCCGCGGGCCUAUCCAGGAUACGACUCCAUGGCCUGCUGCCGGCUGCAGAUGCUGGCUUUGCUGUGCCUUGCCAGUGUCGGCAGCAGCAUGACCCUGCAUCUCUCGGGAAAACACAAGGGAAACCACCGACACAGGGCGAAGCACAGCAUCCGCGGACGUGCGUCGAGCCCACCAGUGUCUGAGCUCCCUGAGUGGCAGCAGAAUGUCUCUCGCGUGCUCGAAGUCGAAGGCAUCGAGAACCCCGAGACGAAAACGGCCAUAGUCACAUUCGCAGGCAAGAGAGACCUGUCGUACAUCGAUGGGGCAGUCAUGCUUGGACACUCCAUCCUGAAGCACGUGCCAGGCUACCCCAUGGUUGCCCUGGUCAUCGAGGGCAUGAAGGUGAAGAACCAAAACCUCCUCAUCAGCGCUGGGUGGACAUUGGCCAUUGUUCCGAACUGGGAGGGGGAGUAUUGCGGAGCGGAUUGCGACACGACUUUCUUGGGGCGGUGGCACGACAGUUUCGAGAAGAUCAACGCAUUUCGGUUGCCUUUCCGUCGCGCUCUCUUCCUGGAUUCGGACACGUACGUUUUCAGCAGUAGGCUCACGGAGAUGAUCACGUCUGAGCUGCCUGAUGGACACAUCGCAAUGGCCAAGGAUGGUUGCAAAGACGAGUACAACAGCGGAGUGAUGUUCUACAAGCCUAAUCUGGAGGUGUUUAAGGAUAUGCUCGUCAUGGUCGCCAACCGUAGACGGGAGAAGAUCCUCGAUCAAGAAUUGGUUAAUUCGGCAUAUGAAAACAUGGUGGUCGAAUUCCCUCGUGAGUUCAACUGCGUCGACACCCUAGGCAUCCAGCCCGGUCAGAGGAAGGCCUGCGAGUUCCACUGCAGCGCCAAUGCCGUUGUCGCCCACUUCACUGGCCAUCCAAAGCCUACGUCCGCAAAGCGAAGGCUGCUCGAGCUCGUCCGCAAACCAGGCUCGCCUGAGAUUGCGUGCAUGAACACAAAUUUUGGGUCGUGCGCGAAGUGGUCAGAGUACUACUGCGACAUCCGCGAGAACUCCAAAAACGUGUCCCAGGACUUGCAGCACGCGCUCAAGAAGACAGGAUACUGCUGCCACGGGGCAACAGCGAGCAAGGAGUCCUGCAAGGAGUGCCCCGCCCUUAUGAAGGUUUCGGGCUCUAAGCUCAUCGGGAAGCCCGAACAGGACAUCGACGGAACAUACGUUAAGACGAACAUUAAACCUGUCAAGUUCAACGGCGGCAAGCCCAUCUAUGUCAUACCGAAGACAGUGAAAAAUGGCAGCCCUCUGUACCUGUACUACUCUCAGCCCAACGUCAUGUGGUUCAUCGGGCGCAAGUACGACUCCAACCAGUUCGUGGACUUUGUCUCCUACGCUGGCAAGGAGGCGCAGUGCCCAAGGGACGCGGGGGCGUGGCAGUUCCAGCUCGAUGGCCAGAUGAAGAUCCGUCCAAUCUCCGUGAAAGCCGUGUCCAAGCCGCCCGACGCUCCCAGCGACACAGACCGCAUCGUGUGGAACGUCGAGACCCACGAGUGGGAGCGCGAGGAGGUGGGGCAGGCGGGGCAGAGCUCCUUCGACGACGACGACGACGACAACGCGAAGGCCUGAGGCGGCCCAUGCUCUCCCCCUGCAUCCGUUUCUCACGGUAUGGGCCCUCCACCUCUUCCUCUUCCUCAUCCACCUCCUUCUCCUCCGCCUGUUUCCCUUCACUCACGGACACAAUAGUCUGGCGCCAGCUCAGCUGCGUGCAACACGCACAUGAGCACGAACAAUAGCCUCAGGGGGCAUCGCAAUACCGCGUCACGGUCGCGUACCAGGCUGCGACGGCUUGCAAUGAAUGUAGCGCCACAGAUGCGCAAGUGCAGCCUCGCCCUGCGCUCCUCGGACAGCGUGCGCAUGUGUCUCACAGCUCCGCGUCCUUCUCGGUCGCCCUCUCUUCCUCCUGAAGAUGGGCAGCGCCAGCUGGAGUGAAAAAAACAUGGUGCACGCAAGAAUGGUGCACCCUCCCAUCAGGACGUGCGAACGCGGGCCGACGUCAUGCGUGGGCCAGUCCUCGGGCCGGGCCCUCC